AUGGGCACUCCAUACAGCAAAGCGCGUUGGAUCGCGCCGGCGUCCUUCGUCUUCGACUUUGCGGCGCAGCAGUACGGCAUGCUGUCGUCGCCGAACAUGAAAGACGUGCACGACGCCAACCUGUCUUUCUUCAGCCCGCAGCCCUACUUCAUCGCCCUCUUCUUCUUCCCACAGCAGAUCGCGCAGCUGGCCUGGCUGUGGAAGCUGUGGCGGCGGAAUGGCAGUGAGCGCGACAUUGAGGAGAUGGUCGAUUACGUGCCCGUGUACGCGCUCGGGAAUGUGUGUAUUGGAACCUGGAUGUUCUUCUGGAACUCGUCGCACCUCCGCACCGCCAACCUCUUCGUCAUCCUCAACACCGUCUCGCAGCUCGCCUACCUGACAACGCGCCUGCCUCCCCUCCGCACAUCCUCCUCCGCCUCCGCCCUCACCCACGCCGUCGCCAAGACCUUCGCCGGCAUCGGCGUGCUCGACCUGCUGCACAACACCUCGGCGGCCUAUUUCCCCGGCGAUUUGAACCCCAGCGGCGCCGUCCGCGCGCUGACGGGCGUCGGCUUCGGGAUCGCGGGCGCGCUGAGCGAUUGGAUUUUUGGUGGGUGUUUGGUGUACGAUCUUGUGGCGCUGGCGGUGGGGCAGGGCGCGGUGGGGGAAGGUGGGUGGGCGAGGUUGUUGGGGGCGUAUGCGGUGGGGACGGGGGCGGUGGUGGGGUUGGGGAAUUGGUUGCGUCCUCGGUAUAUCGAUGAUAAAGAAGAUUAUGUCAGGGUCCAGGAGGAAGUUGAGGAGAGUGUGUGA